UGGUGCGGGGUAGCGUUGCCCCUCAGCUCUGAGCUAUCAAUAUCUAUUCCCACGAUUCGAUCAAUAGUUCAUGAGUCAAAGAUAACCUCCAAAGCACAUAAUACAACCCUUUUUCUAUAUAUAUUGAAAAGUAGCCGUCGCCGCGUCGUCGAAAGAACGAAAUUUCGGUAAUCCAUACCUACGACGGACUCGGUAUGGCCCAUUCCAAAAGGGUCGAAACAAUGGAAGACGCAAGCAGACCCACCAGCGCUGCGUUUAGCAGCCACCCUGACAGCUUGGCCAUUCCCCACAGAGGUGACUCGAUCGCCGUUCUUCAACGAAAGAUGACGGCCUUAGCGGAGGCUGUUCGCCGUGGACAAAGCGUGGCGCUCGUGACACACUACAAGGCAUCCGCAAAUCCGGAAAGGGAUGCCACGAGAAAAGCUAUUGUCGAAAUGCCAAUACAAGAGCUAGAAGCGUGGACUCUCUACAGCCAGGGCAAAUACCCAUUACCAAAGGUUGACUGGAACGCCAGUCGAGAACCAGCGCCGACUUCAACAAGACCUCUUCGGAUAGCCCGACGGCGUGCAGAAACCCUUAAUCGUCUUUACAAGACCGAGAAUGCGGAUGCGGGCCACUCCGUGUGGUUUACGAAAAGCGAAUCUGUCCACCUUCCUCUCGUCAAGGCCAUGGCACGAGUAAUCGGGGCUGAGAGGGACCUCCUAGGCGGGCAAUGCGCGCUGAGUGCGACUCAAAUUGCAGACCUGCAGUCCAUUAACGAGAUAUUGUCCGUGUCUGGCCAGAUUUUAGCGGAGCGUGGACGCGGUGCGACGGCAGCAGCAAUCUCAUCCGCCCAGCAAAUUUUAGGCGCUCAGCGCAACACGCUCCAAGAGGUACUUAGGGGGACCGGAAAGAAACGAAAAAGGUCGCCCGACGAAUGUUGUGAGAGAAGUGUACUAGCGCCAGGACAGAGAGGAAGGGAUGAGUAACGCCUCUCCCUCCGUCUCCGCAUUCUGGAUUGGUCGCAAUCUGACGAACGAGCUCCUUGCCUGCGAAUCUAGGUACUUGGACACCUCCCACGAGUUGUCGCUGUCGUCGAGGAACGCCUCCUAGUGCAGCCUCCCUGUGCCUUCGGAUUGUCCGGUGGAAGAGCCUCUUCGCCCGCGUCGCUGUGCUGCGUAUUUCCGCGGCUUCUCUGCCUGCCGCCGCAACGCGCACGCCCGGUUCCUCCAGUACGCCUACGACUUCCUCAGCGCCGUGAGGUUCUCGUUCCAGAACCUUUAGCUUGAUCCCGAGAUCACGUGUCACUGAGUUAACUGCGUGGUAGGCAG